CCGAGGCCCGGCGGAGCGCGGCCGCCGCCUCCCCUCUCCCCUCCCCGCUAUAAGAGCGGCGGCGGCGGCGGGCCGGGACCUCUGCCUGCGCUGCUGGGAACAGGCGGCGGGCAGCGCACCCACCGGCCUCAGGCGCCCUCCCGGGCCCGGCCGCGCUCCCCGCGGGCUGCGAGGAGGGACGGACAGACACGCUGACGUUGUUGGACGGGGCGAGAGGCAUGAAUUGACGUUUCCCCCCAGGCAUGUCGUCGGUGAGGAUCGAGUGCAUUGUCAGCGAGGGCUUCGGGAUCGGGGAGUCGCCCGUGUGGGACGAGAAGGAGGGCGCGCUCCUCUGCGUGGACAUCACGGGCAGGAAGGUGUGCCGCUGGAGCCCCCUCACGCAGCGGGUGCAGGCCAUCGCCGUGGAUGCUCCUGUGAGCUCCGUGGCUCUCCGGAAAUCUGGGGACUACGUCAUCACCCUGGGAACCAGGUUUGCUGCUUUGAAAUGGAAAGAGCAGCUAGUAACCACCAUUACUCAUGUGGACAAGGAUAAGCCAAACAACAGAUUCAAUGAUGGGAAAGUGGAUCCUGCAGGGAGGUAUUUCGCAGGUACGAUGGCGGAGGAGAUUCGACCUGCUGUGCUGGAAAGACACCAGGGCUCUCUGUAUACACUCUUCUCCGACCUCUCAGUGGUGAAGCACUUUGAUCAGGUGGACAUUUCUAAUGGGCUGGACUGGUCACUGGAUCACAAAACCUUCUUUUACAUUGACAGUUUGUCCUACUCAGUGGAUGCCUUUGAUUAUGACCUCCAAACUGGAAAAAUCGGCAACCGUAGGAGUAUAUACAAACUGGAAAAAGAGGAAAGCAUUCCUGAUGGGAUGUGCAUUGAUACAGAAGGCAAACUCUGGGUAGCUUGUUAUGAUGGUGGGAGAGUGAUUCGUCUUGACCCUGAGACAGGAAAAAGACUCCAGACUGUGAAACUUCCUGUUGACAAGACAACUUCCUGCUGUUUCGGAGGAAAAGAUUAUUCAGAAAUGUAUGUGACUUCUGCCAGUUGUGGGAUGGAUAAAGAGUGGCUUUCACGGCAGCCGCAGGCUGGCGGGGUUUUUAAGAUAACUGGGCUAGGGGUGAAAGGAGUCCCACCUUAUCCAUUUGCAGGUUAAGUAUGUGCUCUUCAGAAUGGAUUAGAGAAGGCUGACGUAAGCAAGAGAAGUCGGAAGGUCUUAUUCUGGUGCUCAGCAUCUUUUGCUUUGAAACCGUAACACAAUAUAAUAUGUCAUCAGGAAAGGGUGAAAAACUACUGAAAUAAAUGGAAUGUUUUAAAACUGA